UACGUGGUUUUCAAUUUUCACCUACUGCACAAGAAUGAUUUACGAAAUACCUACCUGAUAAAAAUACAAUUUUAAAUUUACAAAUUACAAUUUAUUUUGAAGUCGAUACGCGAUAAUUGUGUGUGAUAAUUUCAUGAAUAAUGAAGCUGAUUAUUUAAAAUUACUUAAAUGCGCAUACAAGUAUUAUACCUUUAGUAUUUCAACAAUAUAGUGGAAUUCAGAUAUUUGAUAAAAUGGAUGGAAAAGAAGUAAUUGAACAUUUGGUGGCCUUAAAAGUAAUGAGGCUAACCAAGCCGGCUUUGAUUAGUCCAAAGAUAGUCACUUGUGAUUUCAAAGAUUUGCCAGGAAAUAUUUUAAACAACUUUUUAAAAGAUGAUGCCACAUCUGUUGUCCAAAUGGAGACUCUGGCCGCAGGACAGUUCCUCUUGCUGCCUCAGAGUUUUGGUAAUAUAUAUUUGGGCGAAACCUUUUCAUGCUACGUUUGUGUCCAUAAUGAAACAAAUCAACCUGUUCAGAGUGUAUCUAUCAAGGCAGACCUACAAACAAGUUCAUACAGAAUACCAUUAACCACUCAACAGAAUUCAGCUCCACUUAUGCUUGAUGUUGAUGAAACUCUGAGUGAUGUAAUACACCAUGAAGUUAAGGAUUUAGGCACUCAUAUUUUAGUGUGUGAAGUUACAUAUAUGUCCAACUACAAUACUUUGGCUUCAUUUCGUAAAUUCUUUAAGUUUGAAGUUAUGAAACCUUUAGAUGUGAAAACUAAGUUUUAUAAUGCAGAGUCAGAUGAUGUAUUUGUGGAAGCUCAAGUACAAAACAUAACUUCAGGCCCUAUCAUACUUGAACAAGUUUCAUUAGAAACUUCUCCACAGUUUACUGUAAAGUCACUAAAUGAAGAUAGUGAUGGAUUAUCAGUAUUUGGGGAUGUAACUCUCCUGCAAUCCCAAGAAAGUUGUCAGUAUUUAUAUUGCUUGACUCCUAAGGACAACAUCUUACAAGAUAUUAAAUUAAUAGCUGCAGCAAAGAACAUUGGAAAACUAGACAUAGUCUGGAGAUCUAACUUGGGAGAGAAGGGCAGGUUACAAACUAGUCAACUUAAAAGGAUGACCACUGAUUAUGGAGAUAUUCGAGUAACAUAUGAAAAUUUAGCUAGCAAAGUUCCUGUUGAUGAGCCCUUCAAUUUCAAAUGUAAAAUAGUCAAUGCCAGUGACAGAACUUUAGAUUUAAUACUUAAACUACGUUCACUACCAGAUUCUAGUCUGUUGUGGUGUGGUAUUUCAAAUAGAAAGUUGGGACCAUUGGAACCUGGAAAAGUUACGUUUAUUAAUUUAACUGCUCUCCCAAUCAAUUCUGGUCUUCAUAAUAUAAGAGGGGUCUCAUUGGUAGAUCUAUUCUUAAAGAGGACUUAUGAUUAUGACGAUUUGGCCUCUAUUUAUGUAUACUAACUGUAGUUAAACAACUUAUAAUUUGAAAUAUAAUUCUU